AUGGCACGUGGUGCUCUGCUGGUGAAGUCGACAAUUGACGGCCCGCUAACGUUAUCUCUUUUCUUCGCAGAUGUGACAGGCGUUACUAGACCCAGCAUGAAGAUAAAAUGCCUUUUUGCCCUGUUGGCAAUGGCCUACGGGGCGACAGAAACCGCAUCGCCAACCGAAGAAAAAACGAACACUGAUGACGUCAUCACGAAUGUUACUAAGAUGAGCAGAGAUGCACCUCCGAUCGUCGCCUAUAAUCAAGGCUCUGUUCUACCGUCUUUCCCAGCGGUCUCACGGAUUCGCUCCAAAGCGAUGCAAAACAAAGCGGAAAAUCGGCGAGCACAGACAAACGUAGCUGUCAGCGGAAUGACCGAUGACUUACAGAAGUUGCUCGUUUCAGAACCUACCAGUAGCAGAAAAGGAGCUUUUUCAAGGAAACCUACAGGAACUGGUUCAACCUAUAGCAUUUAUGGAACUCGAUCUCAAUUCACUGGUGAACCAUACCUCAAUGGUUAUCGUGGAAUCCCUGAAACACAGGAUACAAGUAUUGAUAUGUCGAAUUAUGUGGGUGCACUAACGAAACCAAGCGCUAGAAAGCAUACUUUUGGAAGUUACGGAACCGCCGACAGCGGGAGGACUCAAGCGUGGUUGUCGCGAUCGGUUGGAUCAGGUCAGCAGCAGUUCAACACAGGUCAUUCUGGCUACGAACCUCUAUCAACCGACUUCACCAACGGUUACUCGAACGGUUACGGAGAAUAUAAUAGUGGAGGAUCACCGAGCUUUGGCACCUACGAAAAUCCUUACAGUGCUGGAUACCAGGGAGGCAACGAUCAGGAUUACGGUAUCACAAAUCAACAAAGCCAUGGCGGUAUCGAUUACUCUGGAUACGGUAGCCAAACAGCAAAUGGUUUCUCUACAGCAACUCCGGAGUGGAGCGCUCAAGGAUAUGGUCCUAACGAUCAAGGAACAGGAUACGGUAGCACUAGCGGUUGGCAAUCUGCUCAAAAUCAAUAUUCAACAUGGCAACAACCGCUUUAUGUAACAAAUACUGCUAAUAUGAAUGGACAAAGCACCGCUGGCGGAUACCCCACGUUACAGGUUGAGCAGAUGCCCAAGAAUCUAAUGGGGUACGGUAGUCAGGCACAAAUGGGUGGCUAUGAGAAUGGCGGCUACGGUUAUGGCACGAUUGAUGGCGGCCAAACAGUGCAACAGAAUUAUGGCAGGGAUGGGGAUUAUUCCAGCUACAGUACCCAGAUGCCUUCGUAUCAAAACAUGAAUUACGGUAGUUCGGCAUACGGUAAUGGUCAACAGUUGGGCUACGGAAAAAGUGAUUACUAUACUGGUGACUCCGGUACUGAUAGUUUCAAUUAUCAAGUAACCAGUUAUCCAUCUUAUGGGUCAGCUCAGGGUUACGAUAACUACGGCUCUCAAUCUCAAUAUGAGUCCACGUACACACAACGUCCAACAAGCGGUUACGGUAGUAGCAGUUACUACCAAAAAGGCGGAUACAGUCCGUCAGCGACAUCAGAUUUUUCAAGCUAUACUAGCGACUACGGCACAAAUAAUGGAUAUCGAUCGGAAUAUGGCGGAGGAUCAGAUUAUCAAACUUAUGUGAGACCUCAAGUGAAAUAUUCGUUGAAUGGCGGUUACGGUAGCCAGAAAGCUGCCAGCACAUCGGCAAAACUUACAAAUCGACUCAUAUUGCCUGUUGAGGACGGCUACAAGGCGAAAAACGCCUAA